UACUGCAUGAGAUAACUUUAGUGAUUUUUUUCUUCAUAUAUUCCCAUUUCUUUUGCAGUAUUUCUGUCUUCAUCCAGACAAAGCAUUGAAUUCAGUUCAGUUCUGUCCUCCAUCACCUUCUUCAAUCUUUUUUUCUGGACUGUCUGCUGUGGAGCGCCUCGGCCAUGGGGAGCAGUGUUUUCCCUGCGCCCUGGGGCGCCGUCGCGUCCCUGGAAACCACCGACGCGCUCCACUUGGCGCAGCUCCACCGGGCAGACAUGGCUCCCUCUCGGUGAAGCAUUGGGGACAAACCCUCUGCAACCCGGCGUGCUGUCAUGCCUGCAUGACGGCUACAAUGAGGAGACGACAUGGAGCCGCGCAGAGUGGACUGAGCCCGCACCAUGAAUGACAAAUACCACCGGGCGGCCCGGGACGGCUACCUGGACCUGCUGAAGGAGGCGACCAGGAAGGAUCUGAACGCCCCGGACGAGGAUGGAAUGACACCGACGCUAUGGGCCGCUUACCACGGCAACCUGGAGGCUCUGCGGCUCAUUGUUUCCAGGGGAGGAAACCCAGACAAGUGUGACAUAUGGGGCAACACACCGCUUCACCUUGCUGCAGCCAACGGUCACCUCAACUGCCUUUUCUUCCUGGUGUCUUUUGGGGCCAACAUAUGGUGCCUGGACAAUGACUAUCACACACCUCUGGACAUGGCAGCCAUGAAGAACCACAUGGAUUGCGUGCGCUACCUGGAUUCCAUUGCCGCCAAGCAGACGGGUCUGAAUCCCAAACUGGUCGGCAAGCUUAAGGACCGCGCGUUCCGCGAAGCAGAGAGGCGAAUCAAGGAGUGCGUGAAGAUGCAAAAGAAGCACCGAAAGCGCAUGGAAAGGAAGUUCCAAAAAGAGACGUCUGAAGCUUCUGCGUCCGACGCCAUGAGUUUCUCCAGUUACACUAGCAGCACUUUUAGCCAGAAGCUACGCAACUUCAACACAACCACUGUCAGUGUGCCAUAUUCUCAGGCGACUCUUCAUGCCACAAACAGAGGGAAGACAAAGAUCCAGAAGAAGCUUGAGAGGCGGAAACAAGGCGAUAGCACUUUCAAAAUCUAUGAAGACGGGAGGAAGAGUGUCCGCUCCCUUUCAGGGCUGCAGCUGGGUAACGAUGUCAUGUUUGUCAAACAGGGGACUUACGUCAACCCAAAGGAUCGUGGCCGCCGCAAUGUUCGCGAUAUGUUCCCAAGAGACAACGAUGAUGCCAUUUCUCGUGCCAUUAGUGAGCCGGACCUCCACGGGCCAGAUGUGGACUAUUCUGAGAUCAGCACUGACUCUGGACACGAUUCCCUUUUCAACAGACCCGGUCUGGGCACGAUGGUCUUCAGGAGGAACUAUGUGAGCGGGGGAAUGUUUGACCUCGGUAGUCGAGAUGCAGCCAGCGUGGCCCGGUCAGGCAAUAAUGUUCGUUUACGCAGUCGACUGCAGCCAUACCCCAGUCUAGAUGAAGACAGCAUUGGCAGCGCGCACAGCCUGCAGGAGAGGAACAUGGAGGAGCUGCCUUGGGAGGAUGUGGAUUUAGGACUGGAUGAUGACGAUGAACCCAAGACAAACCCGUUGGAGGUUUUCCUUGCCACACAAAGCAUGAGCGAGUUUUAUUCCAUAUUCAAAAGGGAAAAGAUUGACCUACCAGCUCUGGUGCUGUGCUCUGACCAUGACCUCAAGAGCAUUCAUAUACCUUUAGGACCAAGGAAAAAAAUCCUAGAUGCCUGUAGAAUACGAAUGGAGACCAUAGAAGAGCCGGACUGCAUUGAGGAUACAGAACUAUGACAGAAGUUGCAGUUGGGUUUCCUGCCGUGUGCUCAUUCACAUCUCAAUGGUCAGUGGAGCGUUUGGCCAUACAGACAGAGAGAACUUAGUGAUUUACAUUUUGUACCUCUAUGCAAAAAAAAGGCUUAAAAAGCUUCUGUCAAAACCAAUACAUCAAACACAGAAAAAUAAUAGUGGGAUAAAUGGUUAACAUGAUUCUUUUUCAGCGCUUUGUUGGUUCAGGAAACUCACCGGAAAUUAACUCUCCCAACUGGUUGAACGGUUGGAUCCGCUGCAAUGAGCAAUUUCACAAACUGAAAGAUAAUUAUCGGAUGGCAGCACUGCGCUGUGUUCUUGAAUGCCUCACAGUGUAACCAACAGAGAGCUUAUUGUGGGGUUCUUCUCCUGGAAUAUGUUUUCCCCCAAGGGGUAAAUCUAGAACUUCCACGUGCCUGCGUCGCCUGUGCAUUUGCUUAAAACAACAAUCUAUGCAUUUAUUUAAAAAAAA